CAAAAAUAAAAUAGGCCAAAGAAAAACAGCCAAAAAAUAAUAAUAAUACUACUACUACUACUAUUUGCUGCUACUACUAGCAUUCAUAAGACGGCCACAACAAACACAACAGCCAUAAAAUCCAUAACAACAGCAAGCAAAUAAUAAGAUUAAAAAAUAAGAAUGUUCUUCUUGGACCUUAACGACAAACAACUUGUUCUCACAGCCUCUCACCUAUGCCUUCACGACGUUAUUCAACUGAGCCGUGUAAAUAAGCGACUCCAGAACCUGGUGUACAACAACACCAGUGUGUGGACAACCGAUCAUCUCUUCCCGGAAGGCGACCCCUCCAUCACCGACCGCUUUGUUGCCCGUCUUGUGCCCCGGAUCACACGUUUCUAUGGCAUCCAAGCCCUGCGUCUGGUGCGUCUUCCGCUGUCCUGGUCGGGUUAUCUUCGGAUCUUUGAUCAGUUUGCACACUCGAUAGCCUACAUUGACCUCGUAACUUCAGGGGUUUGCCUUUCGGACCUCAUCUACCAUUUGUCCAUCUUUGCGGGAAAUCUGGCAAUGCUUCAGCAGGACAAUCGGAUCCCGAUCACAUUCAGGCAGUAUGCGGCCGACAGUGAGGAGUAUUGUUCGGCACUGGCGGCUACGGGAUACCUUGGCCAGCAAUCAUGGCGCAAUCUCACUCCACUGCUGUCAUCCCUGGAACUGGACGACCCCCCCUUUGAGAGGCUCGUGCAAUUUCGUGUUUCGAGCACAGACCAUGCAGAGGAUGAAAAUGCCCAGAUCCAUCAGCUUCAUUUUCUGACCUCUUUUCUGGCAGGAAAAGCGCUUGCGUUUCCACCCCCUCAACGUACAAAUACCCAUUCGCAAGCACAUCAUCACCAUAAACGCUCUCGAGAUGAGGAGCCAGUUAUUCCAAUUCCUUACCCAAAACAUCGUCGACAUGAUCUAGUUUCACCUAGUAUGCACCACAGACCUUAUGAAGCAUCUUCUGGGUACACUUGAUAAAUUUAAUAAAUUUAUAAAUUUAUAAUAUAUAAAUUUAUAAUAUAUAAUAUAUAAUGUAUAAUAUAAUAUAAUAUAAUAUAUACAUGUAUAUCAUUUCUGCAUUCAUUCACUUUACCUUGCUUCACUUGCUCACUCUAUUUCUCAUUCUAUUUCUCACACUCUCACACACUUUGACUUUGACUUUCACUCACACUCACACUCAUACUCUCGCUCACUCAUUUAUAUAUACAUAUACAUAUACAUAUACAUAUACAUAUACAUAUAUAAAUAUAUAUCAAUUUUAUU